ACGAAGCCAAAUACGUCAUCUCCACCUUAGCUCAACCCACAAAACAGCUCAGGCAGCACUUAGUAGCUACUAAUCCAAGCGACCUCCCACUAACGUACUAGUACCGAACUUGAGCCAACCAUGGUCAAGGCUCUGAUCCUCAUCGCAGAUGGAACGGAAGAAAUGGAGUUCACGAUUACAUAUGAUACGCUCGUCCGUGCAGGAAUAGAGUGCACAUCCGCAUUUGUCCCCAGGGGUCUCUCAAUGUACGGAUCUUCGGAUACAAGUCCUCCACUUGCAGUCUGCUCGAGGCAAGUGAAGAUCCUUCCUGAUGUCACCCUCGACCCCCUCGAUGCCGGUCCGGAUAAGUACGAUGCUCUCGUCAUCCCUGGUGGCAUGGGUGGCGCCGUGACGAUGGCAGGAUCGACAGAAGUGCAAAAUCUCGUUCGUUCUUACUACAACCACCCAGAGAAACGGAUUGUUGGCAUGAUAUGCGCAGGUUCCAAGGUCGCGAUCACAGCAAAGCUUCCUGGUCAACCGAUCACGUCGCACCCAUCCGUCCAGAGCGAAUUUCCAGACCAUUUUGACUACAAGGAGCAAAGUGUGGUCGUGUCAGAUGCUGUCCCAGGCAAGGCGACACUUGUCACAAGCCGCGGACCAGGAACGGCGUUCACGUUCGCGUUCACGCUGAUCGAGCUCUUGUGCGGGAAAGAAAAGCGUGACGAAGUCAUUGGACCUAUGAUUUUCCCGUCCAACACCGGGUAUCCGUUCUAGUUGGUAUGGUUCCAAGUCCCAGGAAAAAAAUGCAGUAGUGUAGUUGAAGUCGACCUUGUUCAAUUUAUGAGUUGUCGA